AUGUUCUUGAACACAGCUUCUCCCCGGAGGUCCUUUAGCAUCCCCAUUAACAUCAACCUGCAGGGUGCUUGCAGGCGGCAGACACGACAAAAAGACCCCUCCCACCCAGCAGCUGUGGAGAAGCAGGUGUGGAGGAGGGGGGUGGAUGGGCGUGGAUUGGAGCGAGCUAAGGCCCAGAUGCCAGUGUCCAGCGUUGGGGAGGACAGAGCCAUCCUGCUGGGCUUCACCAUGAUGGCCUUCUCUGUGCUCAUGUUCUUUGUGGUGGGAAUCAGCAUGGUCAAACCCUAUGUGAACAGUAAAUGGGAAGAGGAAGCUGGCUGUGUGCUGGUCCAGGCUGAUAUUCUGAAGGAGUGGGUGGACUGCAGAGGCGUGAGCACCGUGCCGUGCCUCAGGGUGAUGGUUAACCUCACCGGCUCCCAGCAGAAAGCUCUCCUCCACUACGACGAGGAGUCGGUUCACCUCACCCCUGAGUGUUUCUACAUACCCAAAUGCCAAAUGGACAGGAAGGAGUUGGAAGACGAAGUCCUGAAAGUGAAAAACAACAUUAGCGCUCACCUGGGGGGGUCCUUGCCUUGUUUGGCUGAUCCCACACGGCACCCCGGGGAUGUUAUCUUGAACAGGAAGUACACUCUGAGGAGCGCCCUGUUUGCGUUGCUGUGGCCCAGUCUGAUGCUGGGCGGCGGGGCUCUGCUGGUGGGCCUUGUAAAGCUGACACAGUGCCUGGCCCACCUGUGCUCUGAGGUGUGUACUGAGGCUCUGGAGAGUGGGGGAACUUCCAGAUACACCCACAGUAAAUUAUACAGACUCCUCAAGUCGGGCCCGCACUCCCCCUCACAGGACUCUGUGAACUGA